AUGGCCCACCUGGGAGCCCAUUUUGCCUUCAGAUCCCGCUGGCAGAAGACCGACGAUGAACUCUGUCGACAUAGUAUGUCCUUUAUCCUUCACAGAGCCAUUCGCAAUGACUUCUUUCAGAGCUACCUCUACCUGCUGGAAAAGAUUCCCCUGGUGAAACUCUAUGCUUUAACAAGCCAAGUUAUCAAUGGUGAGAUGCAGUUCUAUGCCAGAGCCAAACAUUUCUACCAAGAAGUACCAGCUACGGAAGAGGGUAUGAUGGGAAAUUUCAUUGAACUAUCCAACCCAGAUAUCCAGGCCUCUCGGGAAUUUCUAAGGAAAUUUGUUGGGGGGCCCGGGAAAGCCGGAACAGGCUGCGCCUUGGACUGCGGCUCUGGGAUAGGACGGGUCAGCAAGCACGUCUUGUUGCCGGUUUUCAGCAGGGUGGAACUGGUGGACAUGAUGGAGUCUUUCCUCCUCGAGGCCCAGAGCUACCUUCAGGUCGAAGGUGACAAGGUUGAAAGCUACCACUGCUACAGCCUGCAGGAAUUUACGCCUCUCAGCGGCAGAUACGACGUGAUUUGGAUUCAGUGGGUCUCUGGGUACCUAACUGAUAAGGACCUUCUCGCAUUUUUUUCCCGGUGCCGAGAUGGCUUGAAAGAAAACGGCGUCAUCAUCCUGAAGGACAAUGUGGCACGACAGGGCUGUCUCUUCGAUCUCUCUGACAGCAGUGUCACUCGGGACAUGGACAUCCUCCGAAACCUCAUUAGGAAGAGCGGGCUGCUAGUGCUGGGCCAAGAAAAGCAGGAGGGCUUUCCGGAGCAGUGUAUCCCCGUGUGGAUGUUUGCAUUGCACAGCAAUGGACAAUCCUGACCA